AUGGUUGUAGAAGGUCUGUACAAUCUCUAUUUGAAUACAAAACAAUUAGAUCCGAUGAUAUAUUCUGCCAUUCUUGAAACAGAUUAUCAGAACCAAGUUUCUAGGCUACUCUUACUCGAAUCGUUCAUGGAUUUCAUCGACCAGCAGUUUUUCACGAAUAAUGCAAUUGAAAUUUCAUUAUUGAUCGAUCAAUACUUCGAGAAUGCAUCGAAUCUACAAAAAUUUCAUUUCAUUCAGAUGCUUAAUCUAUCACGCCCAGAAUAUGCAUGGAUUUCUAACGAAACAAACUUGUUUGAGCAAUUUAAAUUUUCCAUUUGCGAAAUAUGCCAGGAAGAACCAUAUAAUCCAUCAAAUUACAGUAACAUGCUUAUUUCUGUUAACUUAAUCCGCAAGAUUUACCCCUCUCUUUACAUUGUCGAAAUUCCCCAAAUUUCUAGUCUUAUUUCUGAACUAGAUAUGGACAUUCCGACAGAAGAAACCUACAGAAUACUAACGAAGCUCUUACUUUUCUUACCAGUGAUGCAGGAAUGCCAAGUUCAAAAUUAUAUUUGGAAAUUAAUAGAUUUUGUCGAAAAUUACUCUGAAACAGACUACACAAAGAAAAUAAUGCACAACAUACGUACGUUUUCUCGUCAAAACUUCGAGGAAAUUUGCAUUUUUCCGAUAAUCGAAGCAAUUCAAAAAAUUUCUAAUCUUAAUCAAAAGAUUGAAGCAUGCAUACUUCUUUUAUCCUCAUUCCUACCAUUUUUCGACAUCGAAUCCGAUUUAAUUGACUACAUUCAGACAAAAUUUAAUUAUAUGAUCACGAAAGGCAAAUACCACAGCCUGACGGUUAUAUUAUAUGUCCUGAAUAUGUCUUCUUGCAUUACAUCCAUGAAAAAAUCCAAAUUUGACAACUUAUUUACGAAUUUAAUUGAAUUGUCAUCAAUGGACGAAUAUUCCCAUGAUUCUUUAAAAUCCAUUAAGCAUAUUAUCCGUAAUGGCAUGCUAAACAAGUCAAUAAUCCAUGAUCUCCUUAAAUUAUAUUCCCAAAUUCCAUUUCCAAUGAUACAGAAGUACUUUUCAAUGCUUUGUGAUGUCUGCGAGAACUGCGACCAACCACUGCUAUCAGAAAUGCACGAAUUCCUUUCCCAAGUCAUUUUUAACGACACAGAACCAUUGAAAAACUGCGGACUUGGCCUUUUCACGUACACAGAGAUCUGUUUGAGGGAUUACGAGAUAGACAUGUCCUUGAUCGAUGCUUCUUUUGAGAUAAUUUACAGUCUUUUGUCAUCUAAUGAAAAUGAUUUGGUAAAAACGGGUUUAGAUGCGAUAGACUUCCUCUGGAUCAUCUAUUCUAACUAUGAUGACCUUGAUUUGGAGGAAGAAAAGGAAAAAAUAACGUCAAUUAUGGAAAUUCUUCAAAUAACUUUGACAAACGAAGAAUUCGCACAGAAAACACUUGAAAACUUUAUACAUAUUAAGAAUGCAUUGUUUUCUAGUGAUGAUACCGUUCAACUUCCUUUUAUUCCAAAUAUUGAAAAUUUAGAAAACGUUUUUUCAAUGGAAUCUGAUUCUGUGAAGGCAUUUUGUGGAUAUGUUAUCUCCCAGUAUGGUAAUUCGUUCUCUUUAGAGCAAUUAAUGCAUUUAUUUAAUAUUUCUGCAAAAAUUUCGCAGAAAAGCGAAACUUGCCACUUAAUGUAUUCCGCAUUAAUGAUAGGAUCAUCAAUUCUCCAGCAAUAUCGCGAUAAUCCAACGAAUUCCGAAAUUAUUGAUUUUAUUGAAAAGGUUUUCCUCGGCCAUUUCAAAUGUUUCCAUGGCAGUCGCUUUUGUGACUAUGUAGCCGAAUCAUCUGCUUUAUAUUCAGCUCUAAUUGAGCUUUCUAAAGCAGGGAAUGAUAUUUUUUAUGAAAAAUUAUGCUCAAUCAUGGAAUAUCUUGACGAAUCAUCAUUAGAAUAUGCAAGAGAUUGCAUAGUUGAAACGAUUUCAAGCGGAAGAAUCGUACAAGACAAAUUAUUGGAGAAUUUCCAAUAUUUUACUUCCGUUUUGCAGAAAAGAUAUCACGAUGAGCAUGCCAUAACAGCGAUACUACCGAUAUUGAUGACAAUUUACGAUAGAGCCGAAAUCAAAAUGAACGUAGAAUUAUCGAAACUUCUUUUCGAUCUUGUAAUCUCGAUAUUUAAAGAGUUAAAUGUCCAAAAAGAUUGCGAAUUCUACGAGGAUUAUUCCAUUUUCUUGGCUGAUGCGAUCAUCUCAAUUUUAUCGCAGUCAAAAGUGACCGAUAACGUAGACAAUUUGGUUGUCAACCAAGCCUGGGGUGUUUUAUCGAAUUCUUUGAAGGAAGAUGUCGAUUCUGACGAAGAUGAGUACAAAGUUGACGUAGAACGAACACUUCUUAAUGCUCUGAGCAUUAUAGAGAACCCAUACGACCCUGAUCAACUCGACAAAUCCGCAAUUUUGUUUGCAUGUCUGUCAAUAAUUUGUAAUUCGAAGAACUCCGCCAAGAUUGGAAUAUCAUUUGAUACAGAGAGCUACGCAACUGAAGUUUUAACAAAGAUUGCAAAUACAAAACCGCAAUUAUUUAAGGAAAUUUUGUCCGAGUUGAAGACGUGCAAUCCAACAUAUGAAACAAUCAUAUUACAGCUCCUCAGAAUAGCAUGA